GCCAGAGAAGACGACCAAGCAAAUUGUUAAGAGUACAUCUCGCCCUCUAACCCCUGCUUUCACCUUAUCAUUCGACUUCAACAACAAUACCAAACUCGAACCAUCCAGUACCAAUCUUCAACAUCCAACACCGCAGUCAACACAAAUAAGACAUCUUCAAGCCCAACUCAACCAACAUGCCUCGCUACGGUGACGGACCAUCUGACGAUGCCAUCCCCAAGGCUGCGCACAACAUCAUUUACGGUGCGGGACCGGAACAGUCUGACCACGUCGCUCGCGCUGACAAGACGGCGCCGCUAUCAGAACACGAAAAGGGACUCGGCCUGGAAUCCGAGCGCUUGUACUCAAGCGCUGGUGAUAUCAGUCGGUAAUUCUAAGCCAAACGAAUCAUAUGAGAGCUGGCGAAAAUAUUGGAGUAUCUCCAUUCAGGUACAGAAAUACGUGCAGCAUAAGUAGGGCGAAUCAUUGUUUUCACGCUGGUCACAUACAACAGGACUUG